CUGCCACAGUCACGAUGAUGCUAAUGACCAUGAUGAUUAUUUUAUCAUCCAGAGAUUCAGCCAUCCCAGUUAUUCAUCAACCUCCGCAGUUAGAAAAUACCGCUGGGGUGGAGCAGUCGCUACGACAUAAUCUCCUCUCCGUAUACUCCGUCCACCAGUCAUUAUUGUGUUACUCCACAACAUCGAGUAAUCGAAAAAGUCGAGAAAAUGCGGAGAUUCCAGGCGCCAGAAUGAAGCCUUGAUCAUCGUGGAAAUUAAUAAUAAUAUUAAAGAAUAAAACAAACACCAGUGGUAAGUAACCUAUCUCCAAGGCCUAAUUCCGGAAUUAGUACACUGUCUCAGUCCGGCGGGUGACAUCGGUUAUCGACCUCGAAGGCAGCAAAGAAAUCCAGCGAUAUGCAGGGGACGACGACGGAUUAGCUCUGUUAAGAGUGAUUUAAACACCGCUGAAUCAGAAGAUCUCCAUUAUCCCCAGGUUUUGAAACUCACAAUUACCCGGCGCGACAGGCGGUCAUGGCGAUGGAGCACUGGUCCGUGGGCGCCAUGCGGGCUUCCUUGGCGAUAACUCUACCCCUGAUAUGCAGUUCAUUUCCUGCUGGCAGUUGAUGAAGAAUACCAGAGAUACAGGUAAAGUGAGCCUAUUUGCUUAUUGC